CUAUUGGAUGAAUGAGUAGACUGCGUGGGGUGUUGAAGACGGCUCUUUAACAACACACACAGUCACAGUGCACGUAUUCAGGGAGCUGGACACGGUUUGGGACCGGACCUACACUCGGACAGCAGUACUGCAGCAUGGCUGGAGACAGUGAAACCAGACUUCACGACCAGGAGGAAAACGGUAAUGCCUUUCGGCAGCCGUUUCUUAUCGGUGUUUCUGGAGGCACAGCCAGCGGAAAGUCUUCAGUAUGUGCUAAGAUCAUGGAGAUGCUAGGGCAGAAUAAGAUCGAUCAUCGGCAGCGUCAGGUGGUCAUCCUGAGCCAGGACAGUUUCUACAAAGUGCUGACUCCUGAACAGAAAGCCAAGGCGGGCAAGGGACAGUUCAACUUCGAUCAUCCGGAUGCUUUUGACAACGAGUUGAUCUUGAAGACGCUUCAUGACAUCAUGCAGGGGAAAACGGUUGAGAUCCCGGUGUACGACUUUGUCACGCAUUCCAGGAAGGACGAGUUUGUGACGCUGUAUCCAGCCGACGUGGUUCUGUUCGAGGGCAUUCUCAUGUUCUACUCGCAGGAGAUCCGAGACCUGUUCCAGAUGAAGCUGUUCGUGGACACGGAUCCAGACACACGACUCUCCCGCAGAGUUCUGCGAGACAUCAGUGAAAGAGGACGCGAGCUGGAGCAGGUCCUGACCCAGUACAUCACUUUCGUAAAGCCGGCUUUUGAGGAAUUCUGCCUUCCGACGAAGAAGUAUGCAGAUGUCAUCAUCCCGCGCGGAGCUGACAAUCUGGUUGCGAUAAACCUGAUAGUGCAGCACAUUCAGGACAUCCUCAACGGCGGCGUCACUAAGCGGCAGAACGGCCACCUGAAUGGUCACGUAACCCCCCGACAGAGGCACUCGUCCGAGUCCAGCAGACCGCACUGACCACGCCUCCUCCUCCUCCUGCGCAGGACGGAAAGGGGCGGGACUUAUGGAACGACAUUCGCCGUCCUGGAAGGGGGCGGAGCCGCUUGAACCGGCUGUUAUUGAGUUUCAUGUCUUUUCUGAUUUCGUUUGCAUUUUGCCUUUUUAUUUGUCUCUCUGCUUGAGGUUGGGAGCGAUGUCUGUUCUUCAUCAUCGUCAUCGUCGUUCAUCUUGUCUGUUUACAAAUAAAGUGUUUGUGUCCUGGCUCAGACUGAGAAAAAAAGGUGAUGGAACGCUAUGGUUGAUGAGCCGUGUGUGUGUUUGUGUGUGUUUGUGUGUAUGUGAGAGAGAGAGAGAGAGAGAGAGAGAGAGAGAGCGUGUGAGAUGCCUUUAAGAAACUUGAAGUCAGAACUCAGGAAGAGUGACUGGGGUUUAAUCCUAAAUGCCAAAAGUGUUUACAUCCCCACCCUUUAUAAGGCGUGUGAGUGUGCGAUUAACUUUUCUGACCCUAGCAUCGGUAUCUGCUCCACCGAAUCGACUCGGAUUUAUACAGAGCCUCUCUUUUUUUUUUUUGGCUAAAGACUUCCUGUAUCAGAGUGUUACGGGAUGGAGCGUGUCUAAAAACACGGCUUCGGCUCCUAGCAAAGACUUUAAGGCUGCGAAUAAAAUGGAAUCUUAUGUUGAUGACUAUAUAUAUCUAUAUAUUUUCCUCCUUAGGUAUUUGACACGUGCUUUAAUAAUCAGUGAUGUCAGGGAGUUGAAAUGUUCUGCAUCUUUUAUGCAUCCUCCAGUACUUGAACUAAUAGACCACUAGAAAGGUUGGACAAUUUGUUUUUACUUUUUGAUAUUAGAGUAUGAUUAAGACUGAGAUUUCGCCGAAUCAUUUCUGUGAGAAGUGUAAUGACCUAAAAAGAAAACAAUAAACCUAAUUUGACAAGCAAA